UGCCAGGAUGUGUAACAAAAGCUGCACGAGGUGGAUAGUGGGAAAAAUACGGCUGCCCUGCAACCGUUUAGCAAAUGAUAUCGUCAUGUUAGCCCUGGCGGUAUUAAUUAACCGUUAGCUGAUAACUAAUAUCCGACUAGCUGCUAUGCUAACGCUGCUAACAAACCAGCGCUAGCGCGGUUAUUGUAUUGCUCUGCAUGAGCGUAAAGCAGAAGACGUGUUAGGUGACAUCAGGGUUGCUUUAACAUCCGCGAACUUCUCAGUUUGAACGUGUUCAGUAGCCUCCCCAGUGGUUGUAAUGCUAACUUACUAUUAGCCUUAGAUAUCGGCGCAUCCGGGCUAGCCUCGCUGGCGAUGUUGGUUGAAAGUGUCUAUAAAUUGAUUUCAUGCAGCUGGUCUUGGAAAAGAAAAAAUCCGACGAUAAGAUUCGUACAGUGGCAGCAGAAGAUGCUGCAGGAAAGCUUUCACAACCAAGCUUUCCAGGAGAACGCGAUGGACCUCCAGAAAAUCAUCCACAACGCGCUGCACGAGUUUAUUCAGACUUACAUCCCUGAUGCGGAUCUCAGUUCUCUGGAUGAGGUGCUUCUGUCUUACAUAACCGGAGUCCUGGAGGAUCUGGGCUCCCAGAACAGUGUUGAUGAGAACUUCGACGUGGAUGUCUUUGCAGAGAUGCUAGAGGCUUACAUACCUGGCUUUGCAGAAAUUGAAAGUGUUAAAGUUUGUGAAAUGAUGUUCAGCCUGGCCACAAAACUGGCUACUGCCCGGACCUCAGAAAACGCUGUGCCUAAGGCAAGGACAGAAGAGAUCUCAUUGAAACUCACUACCCUGCCCAGUGAACCUCCACCAGGGAGAGAAACACAGUGCCUUAAAACACAGACAGAGGGCGCCACUGCCAAGCCACCAGGAUCUGAGUGGGAGGCCCAGGAGCAGCACCUGCUUGAGAUGUUUCCCAAGUGUAGUCUGUCGGAGGCUCGCAGUGCCCUUUCUAUUGCCAAAGGAGACAUGGAGGAAGCUGUGCGCCUUAUCAUAGAGGGCGAUGUCCAACUCAGCCCCAGUCCUCUUAACGUCAACCACGGGAAGAGUAUUUCCUCACUGGCUGACCAGAAACUUAAAGAGAGCAUCCUUGAGAAGUACAUGCUUGUGGACAAUGACGAUGAUAACAAAACACACCGUCCUGUUGCCCCAAAGGAUGCUCCAAAGAAGCUAGUUCGGUACCACGGCAACCAGGUGGUCACCACAAAAGGAGAGCGAUACCAACUCGUAAAGAAAGACGAGGCAGAGGACAUGAAGAAGACGUAUGUCAACAUCAAGCCUGCACGGAAGUACAGAUUCCAUUGAUGACGAGCACAUUACUGUAAGAUCAGCUACUGACGAUAUUGUUUACACUAUUUUUUAUUUAUUUAGCCUGUUUUUUCUCCCAAGUAAAUGAAGACAUUUGUUCGUGUCAGUGGCUUAUUUUAAAGGUCCUGUGUGCAGGAUUCAAUGGGAUCUUUAGGCAUAGAUGGAAUACAUUAUUAUAACUUUUCAUUAGAGCAUCUCACCUGAAAAGGAUCAUUGUGUUUUCAUUACCCCAGAAUAAGCUUUUUAUAUGUGCAGAGGGAGCAGGUCCUCUGGAGUCUGCCAUGGUAGGGUUGGGCCAUAUGGUAAAGUUCUCUAACCGUCAGUAUAUCAAUCAGCGAUUGCUGAUACAUUUGUGCAGGUGUGCCUUUACCCUACCCUCUGACAGCCUUGGUCUUAAAUGUGAAAACAUAAUUUCACUCAAACAUUACAGACCAAAGAUGAAGGUUGCACUUUUUAAUAAAUCAAAAUAAAAACAAUUGAGAUCUGUAAGCUAUUUUGCCAAGACAGCUUAACUAUAAACGUGUAGGUUUAUGCAGGAGUUUGGUUUAGUCGCUGUUGUUCAUACACUUGAGCGAUUCACUGAGUGUUUAAUCAUGUAGGCUUUUUUUCUCUCACGAGACAAGCUGCAAGUCUCAGAUUCUGAACUUGCAUAUAGGUUACAUUUAUUCCCAAUUCUGCAGCGCGAGUGGCACAGCUGCAUUGCUCGUCAACUUGCUCCAGUAACUUGUGCACAGAGCCCUGCUCCCCACACUGUCUGCUGGCAUUUCUUUGCGCUACUUAGUUAUACUCCUCCUUGUCUGUUUACAGAUAACGGUAAGAAAACCACAGAUUUUGCCCAUUCCUAUUUUUGGCUCUUAUGGUUAAUUAUUCAUUUAGUCACAUUUUGAAGGAGGCACACCAUUAAUUUGAUUAAAAAAAAAAUAUUAAAAAAAUCUACCAAGAUAUCAGCUCCAACAAACCAACUAACAAUCACCCAUAAACAAUGUAUUCCUCUAAUCACCCAACCCUAUUGCACCGCCAUGUUUCUGAAACCAAACACUGGCUUAGUUUUUACUGGCCACUGAAGGUUCAUUUGGUUGCAAUCCUACACACUUGACCUUUUAAAACAUUUUUACCGUCAUAUGCCUUGGUUAAACCUUUAUAUUACAGUGUUUCAGUUGCAUCACUCCCUUGAGCUUUUGACAUUUUUUGUGAUAUUUUGGUGGGGAUGUUGUAACUUGUGUUCUGUGUAACAGCCUAAUCUAUCUACUUUUUGCCAUCUCAGCAGGACUGAUGUUGCACUGACAUUGUUUUGUUUUUGUUUGUUUUUUUACUUCUUUUUACUCUUCUCUCUUAUUUUGUAGUUUGUAUUUUCUUCAACUUAGUACAAUAUAGAUUCAUACUUAUGACGUAAAGUUGUCAAGAUGAAUGAGGUUGUUUUUGCUGUAAAUAAGUUCUAGUGGUGCUGUAGAGUUUCUUCUGGACAUUAUGAGUCUCAAUCGCUUUUGUAUGUACAUAUAUAUAUAUAUAUUCAGUCACUGAUGCCAACUUCAUUUUUAAAGUUCUAUUUUUACAUCAUACAGGAAUACAGUGCUGCGAAAGUGCUAGGCCAAGCCCUCUGUUUUGGACAAUUUGUUGUGCUACAAAAUGGUUUGAAAUGAAACAAAUCAAACUCUGAGAAUCAAGUUUCACACUAUAUAAAAGAAUCAUGGUUGUUUAUAAUAUCUCAAAAGAAAACUACACAAUUUACAGGAAAUGGAAACAUGAUGUGCUUGACUUAGUCGUUCAAAAGGGACAUUUGCAAAUCAGUGCCAGACCCUGAAAGAUCUGUGAGUCAGGAGCAGCCUACAAGGAAAUAUUAAAGAUCCUUCCGCAUGUAUAAUGCAUUCAAAAAGUUCUCUAGUGUGACUGAGAUUGGUAUUGUACGGAGAAAAUAAGUAUAAUUGCCAGAUUAAAAUCCUUCUCCCUCAUGUAGAAAAUCCAGAAUUAAUGAAUGUGCAAAUAUUUGGAUUGGUUUCACAAAUUAUCAGAUUAUUUGCGAUGUCACAAAUCAUGCUCAUAGGCCCGCCUCUCAAAGUUAGAUUUUCAACGAGUGCCGAUAUUAUUUACACUUCAGGCAAUCAAUGUUCAAUCUGCACAUACUGGACUUCAUUCUACUCAGUGGAGCUCAAACCACCGAGGCUAGAGAGGGACUUAAAUAUCUUUUCAGUGAUGCGACUAAGCCUUGAUGAAACCAGGGCUGGUAUUUGUAAAAACCUUAUAUCAUUUUAUUACUCAACUGUAAUGGGAAACCUUAUAACUGUAAAUAAUGUUGUUGGUAAUUCAUUUUCUAGCACAACAGAUUUAAACCUCCAGGUGCGCCCUUACUAUUACAGCACUACAAUUUUCGGCAAACUAUAAAGGACUGUGGUUGCCCCCUAAAUGUUGCGCUAAACAUGCUACAGGAGGACUUGAUUUUAAAGUCCACUCCGACAGCAUUAUCUUUAUUUUUGAUAUAGAUGUUUAGAUUUGCAAAGUCUCGCGUAUUUAUUGUGAAGAGGCCUGUCAUGUGCUUUCAGGGUCUGUUUACAUGACUUAUCCUUUCAUCUCAUUUGUAUUGUGUGGAUUUUGCUUGGCUUGUGAUUGUUGGUUGUGAUUUUCUUUUUUAUUAUGAUUGGAUUCUUACUUGGUUCCCGUUAUAUAUAUUAUAUUAAGACAGAUGGAUUGGUCAGGGUUUUUUAUGCAUAUACUGAUGUUUAUUACUCUAUUGUUUAUUUGUGUUCUACUCUGCAUCCAUUUGGAGCAAAUAUAAGCAAUUGUUUUGGAUUGGUGGUAAUUACAUAGUUUACUUGAGUGUAUGUGUAACACAACGGAUUGUGGAAAAGAUGUGUUGUUACUGAUACAUGUCGUUAUCAGCAGCAAUGUUGUCUUUAAUUAUUGUAUGAUAGUGUUACUGUAGAGCAUCUGUUUAGACACAACAGAGUUUUAACCCUGCGCUUUGAGAAACCGCUGACGCACAAUUUAUAGUAAAUAAAUACUAAUUUUUGUAGAUCA